AUGACAGAAUCAACAUCAGCUCCAGUUCAAGCUCAGGCUCAACCAUCAACGCCUCAAAAACAAGGUUCAUCAGCUGCCGGCAGUAAAAAGAAGACGGCUGGUGCUAAAAAAUCAGCUUCAUCGCACCAGUCAAACCAUCCGAAAUACGCUGAUAUGAUAAAAGCGGCUAUUGUACAAUUAAAUGAUCGUGGUGGUUCAAGCCGUGCUGCUAUUCUGAAAUAUGUUUUGGCGAAUUACAAAGUUGAACCACAAUCAGCGAAUCAACAUUUGAAAGUUGCACUAAAAAAUGGUUUAAAGACAAAUUAUUUUCGACAAACGAAAGGCACUGGUGCUAGUGGAUCAUUCAAAUUGGGUACAGCUACUGGAAGCAGUAAAAAAAAAGUAAUCAAAUCAAAAUCGUCCACGUCGGCUAAAAGUGCAACUGGUACUCCGAAGAAAGCAAGUGGUACUCCAAAAAAAAAAUCAACAUCAUCGACAACUGCAGCUAAACCGAAAAAAGCCGCAACGGCCAAACGUUCAACAUCGCCAUCGAAACCCAAAGCUCCACGUGAAGCCAAACCCAAAACUAAAGCUUCGACAAAAUCAAGUACAACAUCAACAAAAAAGAGUGCAUCAGCUAGUGUUCCGAAACCGGCAACGACCAAGAAAGCUGCUUCACCAACGAAAGCUGCUACUAAACCGAAAUCAACAGCAUCGAAGCAAAGUGGUGGAGUGAAAAAAUCCGCUUCAGCCACGAAAAAACCAAAAGCAGCUGGGGUUAAAUCGGCAUCGUCCAAAAAAGUAGGAAAAAAAGCAACACCAAAGAAAACUAAGAAUUAA